AUGCAGCCUCUUCCUUUGGUAAACCAUGCCUAUUCCAUGAUUGCUCAAGAGGAGUCUCAGCAAAUUCAGCUCUAUGCUAUGCCUUCAAGUCUGGAUUCAUCGGUGUUUUAUUCUAAAAGCUCUGGGAUUCCUGAUCGUCGUCGGUUUCAAGAUGUUUGGUUUCCACCCGAUUUCAAGUUCUCUAAACGAAAAAAUACUCAAGUUGCAGUAGCUGUCUCUGAACCUGCUGCUGCCUCGGACCAUGCUGGUGCCCAUUACAAAUUAAAUUCCUCUGCUCCUGCUCCCUUGGCACCUACCUUCACUCAGGAGCAAUACAACCAGAUCCUUAGCCUGUUGUCCUCUGCUGUUUCUGUUAAUUCCACUGUGAAUCUUGCAGGUAUCAUUGAUAGUUGUUUACCUGCUUCUAGUAAAUCACUAACUUGGAUUUUAGAUACAAGUGCUACAGAUCAUAUAUUAUCUGAUUUUCAAUGCUUGAAAUCCCCUGUCUUGUGUUCCUCACGAUCUAUUCAAUUGGCAAAUGGUAAAACUGUCCCAAUUACAUAUGAUCUCUCAAGUGAAAGGAUGAAGGGGAUUGGUGCAUCUGAUAGUCCUUCUGUUUUAGAGUCUUCUCAUGAUGGUAUUCCUCCUUUAUCUCAUGAUCCACUUGUAAUGAGAGAAGAGAUUCAAGCAUUGAAAUUGAAUAAUACUUGGACUGUGGCACCUUUGCCCUCUGGUAAAGUUCCCAUUGGUUGCAAGUGGGUUUACAGAAUCAAGUAUCAUGCUUCGGGUGAGGUGGAAAGGUUCAAGGCUCGGUUGGUGGCCAAAGGGUAUAAUAAAAAGGAGAGUGUUGGCUAUGUGGAAACUUUUUCUCCUAUUGUUAAACUCACUACUGUGAGACUGAUUUUGGCGUUUGCUUCCAUAUUUGACUGGCCAUUGUGGCAAAUGGAUGUUCACAAUUCGUUCUUGCAAGGAUAUUUGGUUAAAGAAGUCUAUAUGCAGUUGCCUGAAAGCUUUUCCAGCCAGGGGGAGCAUAUGGUUUAUCGGCUGCAAAAGUCUCUGUAUGGACUCAAGCAGGCUUUUAGACAAUGGGACAAGAAGUUUUCUGAAACACUUAUAUCAUCAAGAUUUCAACAAAGUAAACAUGAUUACUCGAUGUUACAAGAUGAUUUGCUGAUUACUGGCAGUGAUACUGAUAUGAUAGAAGAGCUCAAGUGUACACUGAAUUCUAAGCUCAAGAUGAAAGACUUGGGUGAAUUAAGAUACUUUCUUGGGCUUGAAGUAUUGAGAUCAGAGAAGGGAUUUAUCUUAAAUCAGCGUAAAUAUGCUUUAGAAUUAAUAAAAGAUAUUGGGGGCAGGGGAAACAAAGUUUGCUUUAACACCUUUGGAGCAGAAUAG